AAAACCAACUUCAGAUAUGAACUCUUGUUACUUUUCAAUGUUUCCUAUUCUUUUCCUUGUUCUCUUAUCAUCGUCAUGGGCAACUUUAGCUCAAAGCCACAACAAAUUCCUUCAUUGCCUUUCUUCUUUUCAUUCUGAGGACUCCUCUUCCAUUUCUAAAGUCAUUUAUACACCAUAUAAUUCAUCAUAUUCUUCUAUUUUGGAGUCUUCUAUUCGAAAUCUUAGAUUCUCUGAACCAGAUACUCCUAAACCUUUAGUCAUAGUGGCACCAUUGCAUGCUUCCCACAUUCAAAUUACAAUAUAUUGUUCAAGAAAACACGAGCUUCAAAUUAGGAUUCGAAGUGGUGGUCAUGAUUAUGAAGGUCUUUCUUAUACUUCCGAAGUUCCAUUUGUCAUCAUUGAUUUGGUUAAUUUUCGAGCAAUCGAUGUUGAUGUAGAAAAUAAAGUGGCAUGGGUUCAAUCUGGUGCUACUCUCGGGGAACUAUAUUAUGGAAUUGCUGAAAGAAGUAGAACUCUUACCUUCCCUGCUGGUGUUUGCCACACUGUGGGAGUUGGGGGGUACUUCAGCGGCGGAGGUUAUGGUUUAUUAUUUCGGAAAUACGGUCUAGCUGUUGAUAAUAUAAUUGAUGCUCAAUUUGUCGAUACUAAUGGGAGAAUUCUCAAUAGAAAAUCCAUGGGAGAAGAUUUGUUUUGGGCAAUUCGAGGAGGUGGAGGAGGUAGCUUUGGAAUUGUCCUCGCGUGGAAAGUAAAGUUGGUUCAUGUUCCAGCAACUGUUACAGUAUUCACAGUGAGCAAGACCUUGGAACAGAAUGCAACCAAACUUGUUCAUCUCUGGCAAUAUGUUGCACCCAAGCUUCCUCAUGACAUAUUCUCUAGUAUUUCCUUUAGAAAGGUGAACUCUAGUCAAGAUGGGCAAAGGACAAUUCUAGCUUCCUUUCAUUCCUUGUAUCUUGGUGAGGUUGAUGAGCUCAUUCCAUUGAUGCAAGAGAGAUUUCCUGAGCUUGGACUAAGGAAGGAAGAUUGUACUGAAAUGAGUUGGAUUGAAUCUAUUCUCUACUUUCGCCAAAUUCAAAAUGGAACCAUGGAUAUAUUACUUGACAGGAGCUACAAGACUACUCUUGUUGGUCCUUCAUUCAAAAUGAAAUCUGACUAUGUGAAGGAACCUAUUCCUGAAACUUCAUUUACAGGAAUAUGGUCAAAACUUUAUGAUGUAGACGCAGAAUUUGUCGGUAUCAGUUUUGUUGCUUAUGGAGGAAAAAUGGAUGAGAUUCCAGAGACCGCAACUCCAUUCCCACAUAGAGCUGGCAACUUGUACAAGAUCAUAUAUAAUGUGGGUUGGAAAGAAAAAGACAACAUAAAAUCUCAAAAGUACUUGAGUUGGAUUAGAAAUUUUUAUGGUUACAUGAGCUCAUUUGUUUCAAAACAUCCACGAGAAGCUUAUGUUAACUAUAGAGAUCUCGACAUCGGACUUAAUAACAAAGGUAACACAAGUUUUGAGCAAGCAAGUAUUUGGGGUCAUAAGUAUUUCAAGAAGAACUUUGAUAGGUUGGUACAUGUGAAGACAAUGAUUGACCCAAAGAAUUUUUUCAAGCAUGAACAAAGCAUCCCUCCUCUUUUCUCUUGAUUAAAGAAAAGAUGCCUUGAAAGUAACCUUGACAAUAAAAAUUUGUUAAAAAAGUGAUUUGGAUGGAAAAUUAUGUUAAAUAA